UGUAACUCGAUCAUGUGACUUUCUCCUUUGUUUAUUUAUCUCAAAAUUUGAAUUUUUAAUUAGAGAGGAAAAUUUUAAUUCUCUCUCAUUAAUUGAUCAAUUGAUAUUCUCUUUAUGUUCUAUUGAGAUGUUGUCAUGUAAAAAUGAACAAGGCGAUUGGCUGAGAACCAGAAAAACUUCCGAAUUUUUGUUUCUAAGGUUUUCCUUUUCUUCCUGGAUAAGCAAAAAUCGGUAACAACAAAUUUCCGUGUAAAUGGUUAAGUGAUUGCCAAUCGAUUUGUUCCCAAUUGAUGUCAAUUCCAAUUAUGUUGACUAAUUGUUCUGAAUAUUCACCAAACAAUCGAUAACAUUGAUUCCAUAAUUCACCCGUUGGGUAUGUGACCAUCAAUUCAUUUCUCUCGACUUAAAGAGCUGCUUCGGUCUCUCAUCUUUGACCAUUAAAGGACCAAAAUGAAUAACCAACUUUCGGCAAUUUGCUUGAGUCCAUCUGAUUAUCAAACUUUUCCAAUACAAAAUUAACCAAAGUUUUCCUUGAUUCUAUGAAAAACAUGGCGGGUGGUAAGAGAUCGGAUAUUCCCAAAAAAGAUGAGAAUCCAUGUUCACCUGAGGAAACGAAAAUGUUGGACAAGAAAGGAUUCAAGAUCGGGGAUAAGAUCAACUUUGGAAGCUUCUCAAAAGUUUACAAGGCCAAAUAUCUCGACAAAGAUAUCGCUGUUAAAGUGAUCGAUUUAACUAAAACAUCGUUCGAAUAUCGUCAAAAAUUUUUACCUCGAGAACUUCACACUCUCCAGACACUUCGACAUCCAAAUAUUGUCACAAUUCACAAAAUUAUGACAAUAAGCAACAAAAUUUAUAUAUUUAUGGAUUUGGCUGAAGGAGGUGACAUUUUAGAUCAUCUAAAAGAGCAUGGAGCUAUUUCAGAGCCUCAGGCUAAAUUGUGGUUCAAACAAGCUGCUGAAGCCCUCAGAUAUAUUCAUGACCAUGGAAUAGCCCAUCGGGAUUUAAAAUCAGAGAACAUUUUAUUAGAUAAAUGUAAGAAUGCAAAAUUAACGGAUUUCGGCUUUUCUCGGGACUGUUUUGAUCAAAGAACAGGUCGUGGUGUUUUAUCCGAGACUUACUGUGGUUCCGCUGCCUAUGUGGCCCCUGAAGUUUUACGAUCGGUUCCUUAUAAUCCAAGAUUAUCGGAUGUUUGGUCACUUGGUGUGGUUCUUUACGUUAUGGUCAAUAACGCACUUCCCUUUGAUGAUUCUGAUCUUAACAAGAUGAUCACCUGUCAGAUUAAUAAAAGUUGGAAUUUCAAUUCUAAAGUAAUGGAUAAACUGUCACCUGAUUUGAAAGAUUUGAUUCGUCAAAUGCUAGAACCUGAUGCCUCUAAAAGACUGACCAUUGCCAAAGUACUUCGACAUCCAUGGUUAAGAGAUUCGAGUGGAACUACCGGUAUAAGUUUAGGUCCAAAAAAGUGAAACUAUCAAAUGUCUCUCUUUCCAUGAUAUCAAAUCCCGAAGUAAAAUAAUUGAUAGAAAUCAAUUGAAUUUGAAUGAUUCUCAUAGAUUUUCAUUCACCUGAUGGGAAAGACUUUAACCAUUUCUUUUCAUUAUCCUGUUGUGCUAUUGUUCCUGAAAAUUAAACUUUAAUUGUGAUAAAAUACUAAUUGUUAUUCAUUAUUUUCUCAGAUUACGAAAAAUUUUCACACUUUCACUUUUAAGCUCAAAGAAUUUUCGUCAAUUCUAUUUACGAGUUUCAUUCAUUUUCUUGAAUCUCUGGUGAAGAUGAUGAUGUCGGUGUUGUUGUAGUGGUGAUAAUAGUCAUAGUCAGUGAAUAUUUGGUGAAUCAAUUUGAUUGUUCAAAUCUACCAACAGUAAUCAAUUUAUCUUCUCCAUCAAUUGGGCUUAAGUGUCUUGAGAAUGGCCGAAACCUCCUAGGCAAUGGCCUCGAGAACGAACUCAAAUUGGGCCUUUGACUUGACGCUUCCUCCUCGUUGGUCUCUAAUGUGUUCCAGUGUAGCAGCGAUGUCAAUCUCUUUGGUUCCUAAAAGAAACAAGUUGUUUUUAAGUGACUUUUAGUAAUGGACGAUCAGCGAAUCUCAAAUCGAUCAAAAAGAUCAAUCGAUCUUUGAUCAAAUUUCUCUAAAAGUUUUUAAUCAAUUUUAAAUAGAAAAAAAUUCGCGCCAUUAAAUGUGAAAGAGAAAUUCUCUUACUUUUUUCUCUUUCUUUUUCUCCCUGUCUGGGAUGAUCGAUCUUUUCGAAAAAAAGAUCGAUCAAUUUCCGAAAAACAUCGAUUGCGAUCGAGUGAUUUACUCGGAUCUCUACUCUUUGAUUAUAAGUUAUAAUUUAUAACUGUUUUCACUUUUUUUUCUCUCUCUCUCUAUCCAGGUAACAAUUUAAUUGUUACAAUCAUUUACUUGAUCAACUGUGAUUAGGUAAAAACACCAAGGCUGGAAAAUGGGUGUACCCCUGAAGAUAAAAUCUCUGGAUGGAACAUUGGAAUUGAAUUUUCUUCUGUGUCAAUCUCAACAUGAUAAUUUUCUAUCACCACCAUGGAAUCUUUUGUUUUCUAAUGGGAUCAUAUUGGAUUAAUGUCUCCAUAUUCUAACAAGUAGAUGGAUGGAAUUUCCAAUCAACCCAUUAUGAAGAUGCAGGCGUUUUCUAACAAUGAGUGUUGGCGUUGAUCACUUUUUCCCCGCAGUUGAAAACACCUCACAUGUGGAUCGGAGAUGAAUAAUUUUAAUCCUGAUCUAUCUUUCCAAUGGAAAAUGGUUUUGAAGUAGAAACUGCAGUAUCUCAACUUGCUCUUAUAAUGUCACUUGGUGUCCAUCAAAUUGGAUAUCUACAUUAGUAAAGUUGAACUGGUUCUGGUCAUUUAUUAACAGCCGAUUAAACUUUUCAUUAACUCAAUUUCGUUGGACACUUUAUGCUAGUAGUAAGCGAUUGAGCUGAUUAUCAACACAAAUUUUUCUAGUAUCAUCUAGAAGCUAAAGAAUCAUUUUUUUUUUGUCGAUAUUGAUCAAUAUUGUUUUGUCAAACUGUUUAACUGCUGAUGUUAAGAAAUCAACUAUUAAUGAUUGGCUAGCACAUGGGUGCGAGUAACUUACCUCUGUGACUAUUAUGAUCCCCAGUUUUGCUCAGGUCGAUACUUUUAUCUGAACAUGGAAACUGCUCUCUUUUUCACUCAACCUAAUGGAUCAGCGUUACAACAGCAUAAAUUUCUCGAUAUAAGAUAAAAGACAAUCAGAUAUUAAAGUGAUCAAAUAUUAAGUAAAAGCAAUCGAUUUCGAGGAAAGAUUUGACAUCUCUGAAUGUUUCGAUAAACCUGAAGACUACACUUGGUUUCAAAUCGUUUUCUCUGGUAAAAAAGAUGACCUUGAAUCUUGGAAAGAUUAAGACGAAGUAUUAAAAGCGAUAACCAGAAAAGUUCUUUCAUUUAUUCCCGAGAUUCGAAUACCAGAUAUACAAGUUUCGUACCUUGGAAGUGUCGUUUACAUUUCGUGUAAACUAUUGGAAAGACCAAGUUAUCAAUACGAUUUCUACAAGACUCCUGGUUUCACAGUCGAGAAUCCGACCAAAGUUAUCCAGCGAGAUCACGAUCAAGAUUGUGGUGAAAUUUGUUCCGAAGAUGAAUUUUGUACCAAAUCUCGAAUGUCGUUUAUUCAGUUCAACAAAGGCAACAACUUAUCCUUUCAUCGAGGAAUCAAAGAUCUUACCCUACCCAAAUUUCCGAUGUUUCCCUUGAAAAUUGCACUGGAAGCUGUAUAACUACUGGUAAUUUCAAAUCACUUAAUUAUUGUGAAAAUCAAUCACAAUCAGGAAUGAUUACCUCUAAAUGUCGCCUUUCUUCAAUUAAACCUGAUGAAAAAUCAAGUAAAUCCUUAUAAAGAUCAAUAGGAGAGAUGAUCAAUCCAUAUUGCCACUCAUGUUGGCCUGAACACAAAACUUUGGAUUAUCCCGACCAUGGAAUAGAAGGAGAGAAACAAUUUCCUCAUAUCGAAAAUUGAUCUAAAUGUUGGUUAUAAAGGUUCGAUCGAAGAAGUUGUAUUGCAAUCUCAUGAAUUGGAUUACGAAUUUACUCAAGCAGAGGUGAACUAGACCGAUUUUUGAUGGAAGAUAAUCUUAGUGAAUUCAGUGGGCAUCGAUUAACAAUCAUUUUCUUUUCAUCACCCAAAUUACUCAAAAUUUGUGGUAAUAAAAAACUAUUUCAUUCAUUGGA